AAGCAAAAAUCGCACGUGCGACCGAUCGAUUCGUCGUACGUACGUACGUACGUCGUGCAAGCUUUGCGUGCAAGCAGCCAAGUAGCCCGAGUGACAGGUGAGCGCAGCACUGAUGGUCCCAGGCUCAAGGCUGAAGGUGACAUCAUCGACAAGAUGACCAAUCAGAGAACAGGACGGCCUACAGUGGCCCAGAGCUGUCGAACCGGGCUGGGAUUCUUGAGGUUUCUUGCCGAGAGCAAGCGGGGUGAUGUUGACGACAAGGAACAGAUGAAGACAGUUUUCUUGAAAGAGUACAAGCCGAGGCUUGAGAAAGGAGGAGCAGGUUUUAAUUUCUCGACCAUCAUCUACGCGCUGAAAAGCAACGGCAAGAUCCGAGUCAAAGACGGCCGUGUGGAGAUCUUAAAAGGUUUUGUCGCCGUGGAUCAGUACGUGACCCUGAAGAAGCAUGCCCUGGACCAGAAGGAACAGGCUAAGAUCAGCGGUGGGGGUCUGAUGAAGGGUGCGGGUCGGCCCGGGGAGGGCUCUGAACCGUAUCCCUUCUACUGCGAGGAGUGCGGGGUCCAUGGGAACUCACACCAGUCAUUCAAUGGUCACCUGCAAGGCAUGCGACACCGGCAGCAGAUGAUCCUGAAAUGCGUCAAGAAAAGCAGGUCAAAGUUCAUCGUGAACAAGAACAGCACCGAGGUGGUCAGUCAGCACGACGGAGAUGAGGGGACUAUUGCAUUGAAGAUGACACAGAACAACAGCCACAAAAUCAGUGUCACCGUCAAGAAUUCAAGUGAUGUGAACACCAUUGCGUUCCUGUCGUGUGUGUUUCUGAAAGUGCAGCCAGCGUUUAUCUUGACUGACAAGUACGAUGUCACUCAAUCCAAACGAGUUGUACAUUUGAAACCUGGGAGUGAGUACAGCCUACAGGUGGCCGUUGAGAGUGACUCUGUGGGAAUCCUGAGCAGUCCAUUGAUAUUUGCCUUCAAGGACGUCACAUCUAACGAGGUGUUUCAUAUUCUUCGAUUUGUGACCGUGGAGGUGACCAGCAAGAUAGCUGAAGAUCUACCGCCCUCUGUGCCCUACCAGCGCCCACCGAGAAUAUCCAGACGAGAACCCAAGGGAGAGAUCGUCGAUGGUGUCCCCCUGCCGCGAUCAUCAAAGAGCAAACUCAAACUGAAGGAAAUCAAGCGGUACUCGAUACCAAACCAUCUUCGUUGGAUGCUGAACAACAAGAACCAAGUGGAAGAAGUCAAGAAGGACAUCCAGCCGGCCUUAGCCUGGUCCAACUACAGCCACAAGCUGUCCACCUUGCUGCACAUUGAGGAAUGUCAGAUGGAGGUGGACAUCAAGCGCUACGACAUGAGAGGGGUCACCAUGAAACAAGACAGCAGAUUCCUCAGACUUCAAAUCCCAGGUCUUGCGGAGAAUCGCCCCUCGGUUCUCAAGGGAGAUCACCUCUUUGCUCGUCCCAGCGGCGACCCAGCAGGCAGCAAGACUUACAAGGGCUACGUCCACCGUGUGGAGAUGGAGGAAGUAGUGUUGGGUUUCUCAAGGGAAUUGACAGACAAAUUUGCCAAGGGUCUGAAGUUUGACAUUGAGUUCACCUUCAACCGUCUGCCCCUGCGCUUCCAACACAACGCUUUGGAUGACGCCUCAAAUCACGAUAUCGGAAGGGUGCUGUUUCCCUCCAAGACUGACAUUGGGACAAAGAAGAGACUUUGUGAUGUGCCUGAUGACAUUGAGGAGUUUGCCAGACGAUUCUUUGACAAGAAGCUUGCCAGUAACAUAGAGCAGAUCAAGGCGGUCCAGCAUAUCGUGACGGGAUCCUCCCGCCCUGCACCAUACCUCGUCUUUGGUCCACCGGGCACCGGCAAGACAGUCACCGUUGUGGAGUCAAUCAAACAGGUUUACAGUACGAUGCGCGGUAGUCGCAUCUUAGCCUGCGCCCCUUCCAAUAGCGCCGCCGAUCUCAUAGCAACCAGAUUGUUGACUGGCGGGACGCCGGUUGCCAAGACAACCGUCAUGAGACUGAAUGCCCAGAGUCGUGAUUGGAGAACGGUGGAUGAAACGUUGAAGGAGAAAGAGGUUUGCAACUAUGACAAGCAGGGAUCCAGAGACACAUUCUACCCUCCAAAAGACGAACUCUUGGAGAAGAGGAUCUUGGUCACAACGCUGUGCACAGCAGGCAGGCUUGCCACUGCUAAGGACUUCCCUUACGACCACUUCACUCACGUCUUCAUUGAUGAGGCCGGUCACGCUGUAGAACCAGAGGCCAUUAUAUCCCUAUCCAAUCUCGUGAAUCCAAACCACCCCCAUGGAGGUCAAGUGGUACUGGCCGGUGACCCCAAGCAGCUGGGACCCAUCCUCAGGUCACCGCUGGCCCUGGAACAUGGACUAGGUCUGUCCCUCCUGGAGCGGCUCAUGACGGAGUCCGCCCCUUACCAGCGACACGACGAGGAGCCGCAUUACAACAGCCGCGUCCUGACCAAACUGCUGCGUAACUAUCGCUCCCACCCCGCCAUCCUAAAACUGCCCAAUCAGAUGUUCUAUGCAAAUGAGCUGGAGGUCCAUGCAGAUGAGGUGGUGAGGAACUCCCUGUGCGGUUGGGACAGACUUCCACAAAAGGACUUUCCCAUUUUGUUCCACGGGGUGGAAGGUAAAGACGAGAGGGAGGGACAGAGCCCCUCAUUUUUCAACUCGGCCGAGGUGACGAUCGUCGUGGAGUACGUGGAAGAACUGCUGGCCAAGCGAGGGGGGCGAAAAAUCAAGGAAUCAGACAUUGGAAUUAUUUCACCCUAUCGUCGACAGGUGCAAAAGCUGCAAGCCGUUCUGAAGAAGCGUCACCACGGCGACAUCAAGGUCGGUUCGGUUGAGGAGUUUCAAGGUCAAGAGAGAUUGGUCAUCAUCGUCUCCACGGUCCGCAGCACCAAACCAGAACACAUCCAGAUGGACAUAGAUUAUAAAUUGGGAUUUGUCAAAAACCCUAAGAGACUAAACGUGGCCAUCACUCGAGCUAAGGCACUGCUGGUAUUGGUUGGUAACCCAUACAUGCUUAGCAAGGACGAAUGCUGGAACAAGUUUCUGCGUUACUGCUUGGAGAAUAACGCCUACACUGGAUGCCACUUUGAAGAAGAUGAAGAUGCCUUGGAAGAUAUUAUUCAAAAGCUGGACACCUUGAAACUCAGCGAUCUGGUGGACAAACCUGAAGUCAGUGAGGACCAAGGAGUCAGUGCAGUCACCGAGCAGCUUGAUCCUGAAUGGAAAGGGGACUUGUGAGCUGAGAUGAUGGUGUCAAUCUGUCCGUCCGACUGCAGUGAGAUACUUGUAACAUCAAGAUGCCCAUCGGGAUUUCACAGCAGGGUUUGAAUUUUCAUUUUCUUAGACCAGUUUGCGCCUGUAUUAUUUGAACAAGAAAGGAACGAGGCGCGGGAUUACUUUUCACUUGACCUCAAGCCAGGCGGGUUGAAGCCAUCACCCUCGGGCAGCACACUCAUAUUUCCGGCCUCGCUUGCUGCGGGCGGGUCGCUGACAGAUAUUUCCGGCCUCGCUCCCUGGGUGUUAAUCCGUCAUCCGUUCCCAAUACCGCAAAACCUUUGGGUGUAUACACGUCAUCCGGCGUGAACUGAAUAAAGGCACUUAGGAACAUUUGCAAUAACCCGGAAACAUAUCUACUGAUUUAACAAGAAAAUCCUUGCCCGAAGUGAAGAUAGGACUGAUACCAAGUACCCUGUGAAAUUAGUCCAAUUGAAAUGAAAUCAUUUGGAAGAAAACGAUCAUUGAUGUGCCCACGGGCACAGUUUUCUUUACAUCAAUGGAAUCCAGUUAGGAGUGCCCCAAAAAUUGUGAGCCCGUUUUCCCUUUAGUCUCAAAAUUGUAGAGUAACCACUGAGCUGAAACUUAGUUGUUAUGCGCUCUUCUUAAGAUUUUGAGCAAAAAAAUAUGCUGCUUCAAGCGAGGGAAACGUACAAAAAGCAAAUGAACCUAUGUGCCUUAAAACACUUGCCAGUCAGGCAGGGAAGUCU